CUCACUUCAUGGUCGCAUUUUCCAUGGAAGUCAGUGAUGGAUUAUUGCUAACCAGUCUACCAGCUGAGCUCAUCAAUGAAACUGAACUGAAGCUAAAGGACAGUUAUCUAUGGCAACCUCUUCAGACGUAUGUUACUAUCUCAAAACAUUUUAAGGUCCAAGCCAGUGGAAUUAGAUUCCGGGCAACAGUAGAUAAUUGCAAUACUGUAAUGCAACAACUCUUUUAUCAUGGUGAGGAACAUAACGUCGUUUUGACUGUGAAAGUGAACGAUAUGGGGCACUAUGGUUGUUAUCCAGACUGUGCUGAAAAAUUCUUCGUGCCUCUACAAGCAGAGGCUACUGUAAAUUUGAUCAGAAGAAGACCAAUGAGUUCAUUGGUAGCUCAUACCCUAGGAUCAGCUAUAGUCAUUGAAUUUAUUAUGGUGCUUUUUCUUGGAGUUCUGCUUCUUUUCUUUACAUGCAAAUGUGCAAUUCUUCUAGUGAAUGAGAGAAGGGGCCGCCACAACAAAAACUCAGAGCUUUCUGAGAUGCAGAGUUCCAAAAAAGAAACCUCAAGAACAAAUCUACCAGCGGAUGAGACAUCUUACUUCACUGGCUGUUGCUCAACCUCCUUCAUGUACAGCAAUCCACCUUUUAGCUUUCGCCAGCGAAUUUCCAGGUCCUGCCGUGGCAAUGAGGGCGGAGAAUUAGUUAAGGACAUAACUCAUCCCUCUGAAGCUUCUGGCGAUGAGUCUCUGCAUAGCCUCAUGCCACUUUCUAUAGAAAAAGCAGCAGACUGAAACAAUUGUAAAAUCUUAAAUUUUUUUGAAGUAAAUAGAAUUUUCAUUUGAUAAUUAUUCAAGGAUCUUUCAAAUUGGGCUUGUACCCUAUGUAGCUUCUUUUAACGAUUUCAUUAUUUUGUAGAAGAGUAUUUUCGUCAUUUCAGUAUAAUUUUCAAGUCAAUUAAUAAUGGUAUGCAAAGUCAAAAGACUAAACUGACAGUAUUAGAAACUAGUGUCCUUGAUGGAGACAUGGAGUUGGCCGAGACCACAGGGACGUAAACAA